UAUGACCGAGUGAUCAUUCCAGACUCUGCUUCUGUUGAGAGAGAAAUGAAAGGAUCCAUUUUGAGACGACCGAGCAGAAAACACCAUAUGGAGAGAAGUAAACAAUAAAGUGUCUCGACAAUCAGUCUGCUUGCUGAGGAUGAAAUUCUGUAGAGAGAGGAAGGGGGCACUGCCUCUGGAUAAAGUGUGGUUGGAGGCACAUCACAAGGACCAAAGACCAGUCUCUCCAGUAACCAGUCAUCUGUCCAUGAAGAGUGACUUCUCUAUGGACCAUCCUGUUAAUUUGAGUGAUGGAACAGGAACCUUUGACCCCAGAAUCUCCAACCAAACUCAGAGACCAGUCUCUCCAGUAACCAGUCAUCUGUCCAUGAAGAGUGACUUCUCUAUGGACCAUCCUGUUAAUUUGAGUGAUGGAAGAGGAACCUUUGACCCCAGAGGUGUCAAAAGGACUCAGAGACCAGUCUCUCCAGUAACCAGUCAUCUGUCCAUGAAGAGUGACUUCUCUAUGGACCAUCCUGUUAAUUUGAGUGAUGUAACAGGAACCUUUGACCCCAGGUUGGUAGCAACAUCAAGGCUGUCGAAAGGAGAGAACCAAGGUGCAGCGUGCUCUCUGCCAGAGGAUCAGUCCAGUUGUGCAGUGUGUCACCAGGUGCAGAGGGAUCUAGUCUCUAUCACCUGUGGACACAGGUUCUGCAGACAGUGCAUCACCAGAUACUGGGAGAAACCUGCUCCUUCAGGAGACUAUGACUGUCCUCAGUGUAGAAAGAAAUCCAGAACACUUCCUGUGCACCUGAGUGAACCCAAUGAUGCAAGAGGCUCUGAAAAUAUGGAUGACAGCCUACAGAGAGCCAUAGUAAACCACAAAGACAGUCUGACAAGGAGGUAUGAAUGUGUGAAAGAAGGCAUGGUAAAAUCAGGGAAUCAAACUUCGCUCAACAGGAUUUACACAGAGCUCUACAUCACAGAAGGAGAGAGUGAAGGGGUUAACAAUGAACAUGAGGUGUGGCAGCUUGAGACAGCAUCCAAGACACCAACCUCACAUGACACAGCAAUCCACUGCAAUGACAUCUUUAAACUCUUACCUGGCCAGGAGAGAAGCAUCAGAACUGUGCUGACGAAGGGCAUCGCUGGCAUCGGAAAAACUGUCUCUGUGCAGAAGUUCAUCCUAGACUGGGCUGAAGGGAAGGCAAAUCAAGAUGUGGAUAUCAUAUUUGUGCUUCCUUUUCGGGAGCUGAACGUGAUCAAAGAUCUCCAGUACAGUCUGCUUGGACUUCUAAAUUAUUUCCACACAGAACUAGACAUAGGCAAUGCAAAGAAACUCACUGCCUGUAAAUCUAUGUUCAUCUUGGAUGGUUUGGAUGAAAGCAGAUUUCCAUUGGAUUUCCAGCACAACGAAAAGGUGUCUGAUGUCACGACAUCGUCUGUUGAUGUUCUGUUGACAAACCUGAUCAAGGGGAAUCUGCUUCCCUCUGCUCUCCUUUGGAUAACUACUCGACCUGCAGCAGCCAAUCAGAUUUCUUCGGGGUGUGUUGACCAGGUGACAGAGGUACGAGGGUUUAAUGACCUACAGAAGGAGGAGUACUUCAGGAAGAGAUUCAGUGAUGAGGACCUGGCCAGCAGAAUCAUCUCACACAUAAAGACAUCAAGGAGCCUCCACAUCAUGUGCCACAUUCCAGUCUUCUGUUGGAUUUCUGCAACAGUCCUUGAACACAUGUUGAGUACAGACAAGAGCAGAGAGAUGCCCACGACUCUGACUGAGAUGUCCAUACACUUCCUGCUCAUUCAGACCAGCCUGAAGAACCAGAAGUAUCAUGGAAGAGAUGAGAUGGAUCAAGAGGAGCUCAUGGAGUCAGAUAAGGACAUUCUUCUGAAGCUGGGGAAGCUGGCGUUUGAACAUCUGGAGAAGGGUAAUCUCAUGUUCUAUGAAGAAGACCUGAAAGAGUGUGGCAUUGAUGUCAAAGAAGCCUCAGUGUACUCAGGAUUGUGCACACAAAUCUUUAAAGAGGAGUCUGUGUUCUUUCAGAGAGUGGUGUACUGCUUUGUUCAUCUGAGCAUUCAGGAGUUUCUCUCGGCUGUCUACAUAUACCAUUGUUACACAACCAAGAACAUGGAUGCACUGAAGCCCUUCCUCAAGAGAAAGUCUAGAGCUGCGUCUGAAGAGCUAACCUUGCAUGAGCUGCUGAAGAGUGCUGUGGAUAAAGCCUUGGAGAGUAAGAAUGGACACCUGGACCUUUUUGUCUGCUUCCUUCAUGGCAUGUCACUGGAGUCCAAUCAGAAACUCCUACGAGGUCUGGUGACACAGACAGAAAGCACUCCAGAGUGCGUCAAGAAAACGAUCCGAUCCCUUAAGGUGAUGCAGAGGAAGAACAUCUCCCCUGAGAGGUGCAUCAAUCUCUUUCACUGUCUGAUAGAGAUGAAAGACCAGUCAGUACAGGAGGAAAUCCGUGAGUAUUUGACGUCAGAGGACAGAUCCAAAAACCUCUCCCUUGCUCACUGUUCAGCGCUGGCCUACACGCUGCAGAUAUCAGAGGUGGUUCUGGAUGUGUUUGACCUGAAGGAAUACAAGACGUCAGAGGAGGGUCGUAGGAGACUGCUCCCAGCUGUUAGAGGCUGCAGGAAAGCUCUACUCACUGGCUGUAAACUCACAGACACAUCCUGUGAAGUGUUGCUCUCAGUUCUCAUCUCAAACCCCUCACACCUGAGAGAGCUGGAUCUGAGCAACAAUGACCUGAAGGAUUCAGGAGUGAAGCUGCUCUCUGCUGGACUGGGGAAUCCCAACUGUAAACUGGAGACUCUGAGGCUGUCAGGCUGUCUAGUCACAGAGGAAGGCUGUUCUUCUCUGGUCUCAGCUCUGAGGUCAAACCCCUCACACCUGAGAGAGCUGGACCUGAGCUACAAUCACCCAGGAGACUCAGGAGUCAGACUGCUCUCUGCUGGACUGGAGGAUCCACACUGCAGGCUGGAGAAACUCAAUGUGGAUCAUGGUGGAGAGUACACAAUGAAACCUGGCCUUAGAAAAUAUGCCUGUGAUCUCACACUGGACCCAAACACAGUAAACAGACUCCUCUCUCUGUCUGAGGAGAACAGAAAGGUGACAUGGAGGACAGAGGAGCAGCCGUAUCCUGAUCACCCAGAGAGAUUUGAUGGCUGGAAGCAGGUGCUCUGUAGAGAGGGUCUGACUGGGCGCUGUUACUGGGAGGUAGAGUGGAGUGGGAGACGGUCUGGAAUAGGAGUGACAUAUAAAGGAAUCAGCAGGAGAGGGGGUAAGGACUGUGUGAUUGGAUUAAAUGACAAGUCCUGGAGUCUGUUCUGUUCUGACAACAGGUACUAUGCCUGGCACAAUGAUAAUCCCACUACCAUAGACAUCUCCUCCUCCAGCUCCCACAGAGUAGGAGUGUAUCUGGACUGGCCAGCCGGCACUCUGUCCUUCUACAGAGUCUCCUCUGACACACUGACCCACCUGCACACAUUCUACACCACAUUCACUGAGCCCCUCUAUCCAGGGUUUAGGGUUUGUUGUGACUCCUCAGUGACCAUGUAAAUAAUAACCAUGGUAACUCUGACACACACUGGAGAUUUUCCAGUACUUUUCCAGUACAUGUGUAAUGCAUCUCAGAGUGGUAAGUGUCGUGGAAAUACUGAAUCAAAUAUUUCUCAGAUACCGGAGCGUGUGAAUUGAAAUAGACUUUAUUACAAAAAAGUAACAAAGCCGAGCAAUUCCAUGGAAGAACUGCCUUCUCGUCACAGACGAGCUUUCUAGGUUUCCAUUUUCAGAUAACACACAUGGUCACUCCCCUCUAUGUAGAUGAUUAACACCCCUUGGUCUCUUGCCACCAUUCUCUUUCUUUCUCAAUUCUUGCUUGUUUACAGAUUCUGUUGGUGGUGUAUCCAUAGAAAUGAUACAAGACAUACAGACACACACACAAUGCAGGUCUAAUGAUACUCAUAGGAUUACAUAAUGGCGUUCCCUAAGCCUGUAAUGGCACAGACAUAUACAAUUAUAUACAAUUACAUGCCUUAAUACUAGUCACAGGACCAGGUAAGGACUUCCCUCAGGCCUAUAACGGACACACACAUUACAUGGCUUCUCUUUAACACAGCCUUGUACACUCCCAUGGAUUCUGCUUACGUUCUGUUUUUACAUGUCUAGUGAAUAACUCCAUGUUGAUCCAGCUCUGUUCAUUCAACUCAGCCUUUAUUCUGCUUACACAUGUCUAUUAAUUAACCCUAUGUUGAUUCUGCUCACUACUUCUGGGAGAACAGUCUAGAUACUGGAAAAUCCCCAUGAUCAUGAAUUGUUUUCCUACAUAAGCAGAAUCAAUAUAGUAAUCUAAAACCGAUGAAUGUACAGAGACAUUCAUUACCAACCCACCUGUGGAGGUGUACCCUGUCCCUGGAGCUCCAGGACAAUACACCAACAACAAAACCAUGUAAUGCUAAAGGAGGAUCUUUGGACUGUCCAUUUGGACAUCCUGAAAGCCUAUGCAGGAGUAGCUCCAGGGGGAGGAUGGGCUUGUCGUUCCUAUCAAGAACAACAACAAUUGUUAGAGACUGAAAUAGAUGGUGAACUUCCUGACGUAGUCCAGGAACUGGAUAUAUGUUAAGGAUAAUGAGGAUCCUAAUCCUGAUCACAGGUUUCAACUGAUUAUCGAAGCACAUUGGCACCAACGAGGCCCUAAAAGAGGGUAAGUGGUGCUCAUAGAGAUGGAAAGAAAGAGAUGGACAUUUUCAUCAUGCUGACCCACCUUUCUAUGCUAUGUGUCAAAGGGGUGACUGUCCCUUAUGUUGGGAUAAGGAAUGUGGUUAAAGGAUACACAUAGUAUAACAGAACAUAAUAAUGUACUCAAUGUUAAAGGUAUAUAUAACCAUGUACUCAAUGUAACAGUUGCUGAAUGAUAAAUGAUGUUAAACCUUCUGAAUACAUGUAUGUGACAUAGGGUUUUCCGGUUACAAGAGUCCACGGACCAUGCCCUUAAUCCUCUAACAGGUUUUUCACUUAUAACAGAAUAGUUGUGAGAGAGCCAUGUGUUUAGGUAUCAUAUUGAGAAUGAUGUUAUAAGGAUUUAUAAGGUUUUAGUUGAUUGUGUUUAAAUGUUAUUAUUUUUCUUGUGUUCUACAUAACUGAGAACCUCGGGCAAGGCUAAGAAAUGCCCGAGAUGCAGAUUGUCUCCAUAGCAACAUAGAAGGUGCUUCCCCUUCUCAGCUUGAUCAUGACAAAGGUCUCUCUAAAAUUUGCAGUUUUGUAAAAAAAAAUAAUAAUAAAAAAAAAGCUGAUCACUUG